CUGAACCUGGACAAUACUGUGGUGGAUCUGGAGACUCUACAAGCCCUCUAUGAAAACAGAGCACAACAGGAUGAGAUGGAGAAAAUCGAUAAGCACAUCAAGUCAUCUAAAGACAAGGACAACGCCAAACCACUGGACAAACCUGAGCAGUUCCUGUUCCAGUUACAUCAGAUCCCCAACUUCUCAGGCCGGGUGUUCUGUAUCCUGUUUCAGUCCACCUUCUCUGAAUGGCUCUCCUCUAUCCUGCGCAAACUGGACAUCCUGCAGAGAGUGUGCACGACCUUGCAGAGUGGCCAGUGUGUGAUGCAGGUGCUGGGUCUGGUCCUGGCCUUUGGUAACUUCAUGAAUGGUGGCAACCGAACCAGAGGACAGGCUGACGGCUUUAACCUGGAUAUCCUGCCCAAGCUGAAGGAUGUGAAGAGCAGUGAUAACACACGGAGCCUGUUGUCCUACAUAGUGGCGUACUAUCUGAGGCACUUUGACGAGGACGCCGGCAGGGAGACGUGCCUCUACCCUCUCCCUGAGCCCCAGGAUCUGUUCCAGGCUUCACAGAUGAAGUUUGAGGACUUUCAGAAGGAUCUGACCAGGCUGAAGAAGGACCUUCGAGCGUGCAACACAGAGGUGGAGAAGGUGUGUAAAGUGUCGUCUGAAGAUCACCUACAGCCCUUCAAGGACAAGAUGGAGGAAUUCCUCAGCCAAGCUAAAUCUGACCUGGAGGUCCAGGAGACGCAGCUCAGUGACACUCACAAGUUGUUCCUGGAGUUGACGGUGUUCUACCAGGUGAAGGCUAAGAUGGGAGAGAAGGAGGUUUCCCCCCACACCUUCUUCUCCGUGUGGCACGACUUCUCCUCCGACUUUAAAGACCUGUGGAAGAAGGAGAACAAGAUGAUCCUACAGGAAAGACUGAAGAAGGCAGAGGAGUGCUUCAGACAAGCCAAGGAGAAGGCUACCUACAGUGUCAAACCCAAGCAUGCUUCGGGAAUCAAAGCCAAGCUGGGCAUGAAGAUUUAAGACCGGUGGACGCCUACGUUUACUGUAGAGAGAGACGAGGAACAACCACAUUGGACUGCAUGUACUACUACAGAUGAAUCACUUAGGCUUUAGAACGAGAACCAAAACGACACACUAGUCCCUAUGUAGGGCACUACUUUAGACCAGGGUCCCAUAGGGCUCUAGUCUAAAGUAGUGCACUACAUAGGGAAUAGGGUGUCGUUUGGGAUAUAAGAUACUACUUUUUAUUUUUUGACUCCAAGCAGCUGUCAGUCUGUCCGUCUCGCGGUCCUCCUGCCUGCUCUAUGGGACCGACUAUGCUUCUGUUAUUAGCUCAUCAGACACACAAACAUCAACAUCCAAUCAGAAAGAAGAGGGAAGCACCAUGGGAUCAGAGGUCACAGGAUGUCAUUAUACCAGAACUAUAUUUAUAAGAUGACUUCCACAGGGAAGUAUACUAAAGCAUACCUACUGUUGAGAUACCUGGAGCCAUCUUCUCCACAGUCCUACCCCCUACUGUUGAGAUACCUGGAGCCAUCUUCUCCAGUCCUACCCCCUACUGUUGAGAUACCUGGAGCCAUCUUCUCCACAGUCCUACUUCCUACUGUUGAGAUACCUGGAGCCAUCUUCUCCAGUCCUACCCCUACUGUUGAGAUACCUGGAGCCAUCUUCUCCAGUCAUACAUAUUGUUGAGAUACCUGGAGCCAUCUUCUCCAGUCAUACAUAUUGUUGAGAUACCUGGAGCCAUCUUCUCCAGUCCUACCCCCUACUGUUGAGAUACCUGGAGCCAUCUUCUCCACAGUCCUACCCCCUACUGUUGAGAUACCUGGAGCCAUCUUAUCCAGUCCUACCCCCUAUUGUUGAGAUACCUGGAGCCAUCUUAUCCAGUCAUACAUAUUGUUGAGAUACCUGGAGCCAUCUUCUCCACAGUCCUACCCCCUACUGUUGAGAUACCUGGAGCCAUCUUAUCCAGUCCUACCCCCUACUGUUGAGAUACCUGGAGCCAUCUUAUCCAGUCCUACCCCCUACUGUUGAGAUACCUGGAGCCAUCUUCUCCACAGUCCUACUUCCUACUGUUGAGAUACCUGGAGCCAUCUUAUCCAGUCCUACCCCCUACUGUUGAGAUACCUGGAGCCAUCUUCUCCACAGUCCUACUUCCUACUGUUGAGAUACCUGGAGCCAUCUUCUCCAGUCAUACCCCCUACUGUUGAGAUACCUGGAGCCAUCUUCUCCAGUCAUACCCCCUACUGUUGAGAUACCUGGAGCCAUCUUCUCCAGUCAUACCCCCUACUGUUGAGAUACCUGGAGCCAUCUUCUCCAGUCAUACCCCCUACUGUUGAGAUACCUGGAGCCAUCUUCUCCAGUCAUACCCCCUACUGUUGAGAUACCUGGAGCCAUCUUCUCCAGUCAUACCCCCUACUGUUGAGAUACCUGGAGCCAUCUUCUCCAGUCAUACCCCCUACUGUUGAGAUACCUGGAGCCAUCUUCUCCAGUCCUACCCCCUACUGUUGAGAUACCUGGAGCCAUCUUCUCCAGUCAUACCCCCUACUGUUGAGAUACCUGGAGCCAUCUUCUCCAGUCAUACAUAUUGUUGAGAUACCUGAAGCCAUCUUCUCCAGUCAUACAUAUUGUUGAGAUACCUGG